UUUGUUUGUCCAAUCAUGGCGUCGUCUCGCAGUAACUGUUUGUUUGGUGAAUCCAAUCAGAAAGCGGCGCUCAGCCUGCAUCCUGUGUUUGUUUGUCUCCCUCCACAGAACACCACAGACAGCUCAUCCAAUUCCUCCCAGAAACUGGAGAGCUCUCUGCAUCCGCUCGAGUCCUCGCCCCUUCCGCAGAGACACAAGUGCGUGAUGGGACAUCGCCACGACCUCCAUGACCCCUACCGGCUCUCAGACCACUACUUCUUGGACCAGCCCUUGUCCCGGCUUCCCCGCCACGUCACUUUCCAGGAGGACGAUGAAAUCGUCCGUAUCAACCCUCGGGAGCGCAGCUGGGAGCGAACCACAGAGCGUCUCCAUGGACGCCAGUCAGACCGGCCCUGGCUUAGGGGCUAUGAGGACUACCGCCACGCCACCGUGCGUGACAAGUUCAUCCAAAUGGACGACUCUGAGUCCUACGUCCACUUUGCCAAGACUGAGUCGCAGAAGCAUGACUACACCUACCCUCUGGCACCGGCCCUGUCGCCGUCAGACUCUGACCCCGCACUCGGACCCUUGACCAAUAAGGGCCAUGGUGGCUCAUAUCGCCACGGCUUCUCCUCUGUUGUCUCCACCCAGCCCCGCUCUUUCCUCCCGAGCUUGUCCCCAUCCAAUGGCGGGAAGGGUCGGAAAGAGGAUGGGAUGGAGCGUGCACAGUGCGAGCACUGCGGUGAGGGGUUUUACAUGUCCGACAACCGAAGAGGGCGGUGCCAGGAUGCUCCGGACCCCGUGCGGGGGUGCAUCCGGCGGGUCAGCUGCAUGUGGCUGGCAGACACCAUGCUCUACCACUGCAUGUCCGACCCAGAGGGGGACUACUCAGACCCCUGUUCCUGUGACGGAGGCGAGGGCGGAGGGGGAGGCCGAUUCGGUACACGCUGGUUAGCCCUGCUCGGCUUGUCUCUGGUGGCGCCCUGUCUCUGCCUCUAUCCGCCUCUCCACGCUUGCCACCGGGCGGGGCUCACGUGCGGGUGCUGCGGAGGCCGACACAAGGCCCUAAGCUGAGCUGCUGCACUUGGAAACCUCUCGGAGGAAGCGACGAAAAUCUAAACCCAACGCAAGCACAGGGAAAGGGAAGGAUGGGAAAUACACAGAGAGGACAAGUGGUCAUGGCUGCUCGCUCUCUUGCCUUGGUUUCUCUGGGUUUCUCUACAAAUUCCAGACACUGAAAUAAGCCAAAAAAAAAAAACUAUUGGUGCAUUUUCUAUACGGCCUGGGAAGAUAAGCUCCCCCUUACGGCAGACAGUUCUCUCACCUCUUCACGUGGCCAUUUCAUGCUCUGUUUCUAGUGAGAGAGCACUCUUUUUCAGGGGGCCUUUUUUUUAUAGCUGACCUAUAUGUCAUGUAUCACAUAUGCAGGUACUUUAUACUUUGUACACUGACUCGGCGUCAAAGAACUUGAAAUGUUUCUUCUUUAUUUCUUUCUCUUCUUUAAUGUACGCGUGGCCAUUUUGUUUAUAUUCUAUUCCAAUAUCAGGCCCGCUCAGCCCAACUCCAGCUACCAGAGAAAUCAGACACUACACCUCUUUACGUGUGUGCGACUGUGUGUGUGUGUGUGU